GUUACGAAAUCAAUCUUGUCUCGUUUGCCGCAUUUCUAUUACAUUCCACAAUCAAUCAUGAUCGCCGGCCCAUGAAAACAUGGAUGAAUUCUGCACCACUCAACUUUAAUCACGCCUCAUGACGCACUGCAGGCGCCCUCCACUGCCUUCACCUGUUCGCCCAGAUUGUCGGUGGGCCAGAGGACACCCGCGAGCUUCUCGGCGCCAUGGCGUGGCAGGCUCGCGAGCUGGGCCUGCACCGCCGUGAGACCGCCGCCGCCUACCCCGCCGCUGAUCGCGUCGGCCAGCUGUUCUUCAGCACGAUGUACAAGGACACCUGGUUUGCGACUCUGGUAGAUGCACCACCGUUCACGCGCUGGGGCGAGUACGACUACGACGCGAGCGUGAGCACCGACGUGCCACAGACACAGGGUAUCCUCUCUCGUCUCGCUGUGCUGGAGAGCGAGCUCUUGACACAAAUUCACUCGGGGCGCGUAGACACUACGACGCCCGACUUUGUGCUCUCAACCGAGAGCCGGUGGUGGCCGCUUAUGCGCGAGUGCGGUGACGAGCGCAACGACCGCCUUUUAGCCAGCAUCCAUCCGUACGCCGACAUCCGGUUCAACUGGAUCCGACUCCUUCUCCGUGCACCCUGCCUCAGCCAUCCGACGCUCGGCGCGUCCUCGACGCCCAUCGUCGCGCGCUCCCUCUCCCGUAUUCUGCACACGUACGCGAGCUUGGCAGCCACCAACCUCUUCCACCCGUGCUAUGCCCAGCUCCGCCGCAUCGUGACCUGCGGACAACUCCUCGUGCUGUGCCACACCGCGCGCGAGCUGGGGCGCCACGAAGCCGAGGAGCUCUUCGCCGUGUUUCUGGGACUUGUCAAGGAGCAUCUGGGCAAGUUUGACUUUAUCCCGCAGCUCAUUGCGAGCUUUGAAAGUGUUGGGGAGCUGCUCGGCCUCGCGAUCCCCGCCGCGCCGCAGCCCCCAGCUCGCAUCAGUAUCGACAUGCCCAUCAUGUUCGACUACAACCUCCCGACGUGGUUUGACACGAUCUACGAACCUCAUCUUGCGCCCGAAGUUGCCUAGCACAUGUAUCUCUGGCUACACAUAGACUAGAUGUAUCGUUGUA